CGUACACAGGAAGUUGAUAUUGAGUCUGUAAACAACUUCCUUGUAGCAGACGCUUUUACAGAGCUGUGAACAAAUUUAGCGUAAUAUUACUAAUAAUUCACGUCCAAUAUGUAUAUUUUGUAUAAUAAUAAAUCGGUGAUAUCUGAAGAAAGAAGAGACUGGUAAUGGUACUGUAAAUAUAACUAGUUUGUGAAAACUAAAUUGAUUUUAACAGAUGUUACAUUGUUACACAGAAACACUUCAAUAACUUUUGUCUCAAAACUUUCUUAAGGAUUUUUACUAUAGAAAUAUGCAAAGAUAUAUUUAUGUGGUAUUCUUAUCAUUGUUUGCAACACUUAAAUUUGACGUAUUAGCUGAACUCCAAUAUUCCGAUAGGCACUCUUACUCAGAAGACGACAACUUAAAUGAUGUGCACCAUAUGUAUUCCGACUAUGGCAGUAACUAUCAUACUUACACUGAUAAAAAUGGUGACAUGGAUAUACCCAUAAUACUUUGGUGGACUUCUGCUUCUUUGUACCCACAUCCUGAUAGACAGGGAACUGUAAUCCAAUGCGGGGAUGUGCAGUGUUAUUCUUCAGCCAACAGAAAACAGUUAACUGAUGAAAGAACAAGAGGAAUAAUGUUUUAUGGCACAGAUUUCGAUCCUACUGAUUUACCUUUACCUAGAGCUAGUCAACACGAGUGGGCAUUAUUUCAUGAAGAAUCACCACUAAAUAAUUUCAUACUUAAUCAUAAUAUAUUUUUAAAACUGAUCAAUCAUACAGCUACAUUUAGGAGGGAGUCUGAUUAUCCCAUAACAACACAGAAUAUAUAUCAUCCUGAUUUUUUAACGAUAAAACAACCACUGCCCUUGACUGUGAAAAAUGAGAAAAGAAAGAAAAAUAACCUAGCCCCAGUUUUAUAUGUACAGUCUCAUUGUGAAGUGCCGUCUGAUCGUGAUCGUUAUAUUGAAGAGUUAAUGAAACAUAUUGAUGUUGAUUCCUAUGGUAGCUGUCUCCAUAACAAAGAUUUGCCUGAUCAUCUUGUAGAUCCAGCAUCAAACUUUGAAAAAGAUGAAUUUUUGGAAUUAAUACAGUCUUAUAAAUUUCAUCUGGCAUUUGAAAAUGCAAUAUGUAAAGAUUACAUGACAGAAAAGCUGAUGCGUCCACUUCAUAUUGGCUCUGUUCCGAUCUAUCGUGGUUCACCCAAUGCUAAGGAUUGGAUGCCAAAUGAUAAAUCCAUUAUCCUUGUUGAUGACUUCGAAUCUCCUAAAGAGUUAGCUGAUUAUAUCAAAUACCUGGAUACUCAUGAUGAGGCAUAUGAAAAAUAUUUAGAAUUUAAAAAACCUGGAGGUGUAAAAAAUAAAAUGUUAAUUGAGCAUUUAGCUAAUAGAAAGUGGCAUGUGAAUAUUGAUGGAAGCAUGGAAUAUUUUCGAGGAUUUGAAUGUCACAUAUGCCAUAAAUUAAAUGAAAGAUAUACUUUAGAAAAAGCACAUGAAAUUGAUCCUACUGUGGAACUACUACCCCCUAAAACAGCCAAUGUUUCUCAUCUGGGUUGUCCUCAACCAUAUACUUCUUUAGGUCAUCCAGAGGAUAUAAAAAAUACAAGUGAUCCAUGGAGAAAAAUGGAAUGGGUGGAAAUGUAUUGGGAAGGAUUUGAUCAAGCUAGGGCAGUAAGAAAUAUGCUUUUAAACCAUGAGACUAAACCAUCUAAAUAUAAAAAAUAUCUGAGAAAAAUAUGAGACUAAACCAAGCAGUAAGAAAUAUUCACUGACUAUACCAGUGUGGUAAUGUGUGUUCUCUCCCCUUAUGUUUCUGAAAACAUUUAUAAAUAUAUGGAAUAUAUUAUUAUAUUUGAGGUGUGAAUAUUAAUCCUUAUACACAUUAUAUAUAAUUAUUUAGUUUUAUAUAUUGGUUAACAUAUUAUUUAUACAUGUAAUAUUAAUAUACAUCCCUGUAUAUUAACAAUUAAUUGGUUGAUUCAGUGAGGUUAGUAAUAAUAGUACUAUGAAUAACAAGUUUUAAGUUGUUGGAUAUAUUGAUGACGUUUUUAUGAUCAUUUCAGUUUUAAAUACCGUAUUAUUCAGUUUUCUUGCAAAUAAUGUGACUAUAGACAGUUCGAUUGGUUGCCAAUUUUACAUGGAAAUCAAAUUAAUGGUAUUAUAGAAUUUUGCCAGCGAAAAUCAUUUUAGAUAUUUUAUCAACCGAUUGCUGCCCUGGUAUAAUCUUGAAUGUUUGUUUUUUAUUUUUAAAUUAUUUAAUAACAAUUGUGUUGAUUUAUUGUUGCAUAAUAUUUUUUGUUUUAUGCUAUAUUUUUCUUUUAUAGUAUUUUGCCUAUUUUUUUUAUAAGGUUUCUUAUAUAUAAUAACAAAUUUUGUAUUUUAUUAAACGAAUCAGCAAAAUAAAGUGCCAGAACAGAUCA